AUGAUAAACCAAAACAAAGGUUACCUCAAGAUGUGUGACAUUAAAGCUCGCGGCAGCCCAUCCACUGCGAGUGUCAGACCAUUCUUCCAGCAAAACAAACCGCGAAGUAAGAGAGAUACCGGUGCCGAGGCCUGUAAUUGUACCACACAUUCAUUCGUGAGCAACGCCCUGGCCAUCGAUCGGUCCAAAUACGGCAAAUCGGAGCUCUUGUGGUAUGACUUCAAAUACGAGCGAAUAAUGGCCAGCGAUAUGUCCGGCUGCCGGUGCCGAGUGCUCAUCAACACUACGUACGGCUUUCCGCCGACAUCGAUGACCGUCGACAACGACUUCAUCUACUGGUCAAACGCGCCGUUAGGCAACGUCUAUAAGAUGGCCAAACAUCACACAAACUCAAAGUCACAGCAAUUAUCUCCACUGAAAUCACUGCCAAAUAUGUUGAAUAUCUUACAGAAUCCAAAUGAACCGCAUUUAGUGCUCUCGGAAAUCGCUAACGGAGUGCACGGUAUCAAAGCCCUGAGCGAUCACCUCCAGCCCUACCCACACUUUGAAUGUCUGGUUCCCAUGGAAUACCACGAGACCGUCAGACUGGAGGAUAACACCGCCAAUAGUCUCACGAUUUCCAUGCAAGAGGUUCGACGCCCUUUAGGCUGCGCUAAGACCACUCUGGCCUCAGUCCUAUACACCAUAUAUUACGGCAAAGUCUUGUCGGACGGGUACUACGAAUGUGGGCUCAGUCUGAGAGGCUGUACGACAGUCGACACCUUCAACAGCACCUUUACUCUGACGGGUUUAGAGCCGUUCACAAACUAUACCAUUCGUGUGGCCGUCAAAAACUUCUACACGUCCAACAACUCGAACCUCCCGGGGCCGCCCGUCAACUUCGAGACGGCAGAGUCCAAGCCAUCGCCCCCGAGGAAUGUGGUGGCCAGGGUUGAGACACCGCACCGGAUAAUAGUCACGUGGGAGCCGCCGGAGAAGCCAAACGGCGAUCAAANCUCCAACCUCCCGGGGCCGCCCGUCAACUUCGAGACGGCAGAGUCCAAGCCAUCGCCCCCGAGGAAUGUGGUGGCCAGGGUUGAGACACCGCACCGGAUAAUAGUCACGUGGGAGCCGCCGGAGAAGCCAAACGGCGAUCAAAUCAAAUACGAAAUGCGUUGGUAUUCAUCGAAGGACCAGAAUUGGCACAAAGCUAUCUAUUCUAAGAAACCAAACACAACCAGAUUUGGCGAUAAGUUCUUCAUGGAGAUGAACGACAACAUCAAACCCAGCCUCACCUACUCCAUCAACAUCAGGGCCUACUCCAGCGACAACCUCUUCUACAGCGAGAGUGAGACCAUUUCGGUGACCACUUAUAACCUGCCGAACGAGCUCUAUCUGGUCGAGAAGACUAGCCGUUCCCUCAAAGUGAGUUGGGAUUCGCCCUCAUCUGAUACGAACAUCUCGGAGAUCGGUCAGCACACCAUCCAGUACUGCCGGUACGGCACCGACAGGUGGAUCGGCCAGGAGUUUAAUAGGACACAGCCGUCGACUAAAUACCAGUUCACUGUCACUAAUCUGAUGCCAAACACAGAAUAUGCGUUCCGUUUGCUAUUGACAUACCGGUCCACAACCGUACUGUUUAAGUGGCCUGAAAAUGAUAGGUAUGUCUUUAGGACACUGGGAGAUGCGCCUGAAGUACCAGAAACACCAAAGAUCGAUGAGGUGCCCAGUGUUAGCCAACCGUUGUAUAAGGUCUGGUGGCAUAAGAUCUCGGGAAAUGGAGCCCAAUCUUUAUACUAUAGCUUAUGGUAUAAAAUGAUUGAUAAAAACGAUGAGAAUCCCAAUGAAAAGAGCGGUGAAUGGACGCAAGCCUUCAACGGAACCGAAAACUACUGGUUUAUCACCGGUUUGGCCACCGAUAAGAAAGUGGUGUUCAAAGUGGGAGCGAUCAGUGAGUUUGGUUCAAGUAAUUACAGUCAAGAGACGGAGCCGUUUGAGAUGAUGGCCACAGAGAUGGUUGAAGACGAUAUCAUCACGAUCUCCACGGCUAUAGUGGGGGCCAUACUCUUUGUCUUCGUCAUCCUUACCCUCUUCUGCACGAUCCGUAAGCGUCAGGUUCAGGAGCAGAAGAAGAAGUCACUGGAGGACAAUAGGCUCCACAGAAAUGGACUCGAAUUGGUUCCCUGGCCUGAGCUGCCCGGCCAUCCGCAUCAAGUGAACACACUCUACACAAAUAGUAACUUUGAUUUAGACGAAGAGCUGAUGGCAAUGAAUAAAAUACAAAGAGAGCAGAUCUCGGAGACACAAUUCCUCGGCAGAGGUGCCUUCGGAGAAGUAUUUGAGGGUAAAUGGCUUCAGAUGGUGACCAACGAGCCGAAGAUCACUAAAGUGGCCAUAAAAACGCUAAGGAAAGGCGCCUCAGACGAGGAGAAGACCAAUUUCAUCAAAGAGGCCAAACUGAUGGCCAACUUCAAGCACCCGCACAUACUUCAGUUGCAUGGGAUCUGUUUAGACCCGACGCUCAUAUCGUUGGUGUUGGAGCUGAUGGAAGGCGGAGAUCUGCAAAAGUAUUUACGGAAUAACAGACCGCGCGGUGCGAUCGCCAGCCCCCUAACGAUGGACGACCUGAUUAGCAUCAGCACAGAUGUGGCCAAAGGGUGCAAAUAUCUCGAAGAGAUCCGUUUCGUUCACCGGGACUUAGCCGCCCGUAAUUGUCUGGUCUCCAGCUUUGACCGCAGGACUCGAGUCGUGAAGAUCGGGGACUUUGGUUUGGCUCGAGAUAUAUAUAAGAAUGAUUACUAUCGCAAAGAGGGAAAGGGAUUACUGCCGGUGCGCUGGAUGUCACCCGAGUCUCUCAUGGACGGCGUGUUCACAUCACAAAGCGAUGUGUGGUCUUUCGGGGUAAUUCUAUACGAAAUCCUGACGUUAGGCCAAAGCCCAUACAGUUUAGCCAAAGACAACGAAGAAGUGUUUAAUUAUGUCAUAACCGGACGAACACUGGACCGGCCCCACAAUUGCCCCGAUGAGUUGUAUGGCCUAAUGAAGAGGUGUUGGAACUUCCAGAGCGAGGACAGACCUAACUUCUCUGAAUGCCUACAGACAUUGGAAAAGAUUAAGCGAAAUAUGUCGGGCAGUGAGCCGGCUAUCACUGCUGUCCACAACCAGAACUACAUAUUCAGCCGAGGAUUUGAUAACCCCGGCUAUAAUGAGGAUGAGAGACAGGCAGGACACUCAUCUCAUAGUAUAAAGAACUCAAGCAAUUCAUCAUCAGCUCAGAGCUGUUCCAGCAGUUCCACAAUUAAACCCAACUACCAGAACGGACACAUCCAGUACCAGGACCUGACUCAAGAUGAUUACGGUCUGACCGACGCUGACGGCUAUCAGAUACCGAUCAGUAAGUCGCCCCUUCAGGUGUCGGUCGAU